UGACAAUUCUGAGGCAUGAGCACAAACAAACACUCACGCAGUGCAUUCAGUUGGCGAGCGUAAUAAAUAUGUGGGAAAAUUCCCACAUAUAUACAGUAUUCAGUGCUAGUGCCGAGAACUCGCAACGAACGCGGACGCGUCGUUCACAUAUGCGUGAAAAACUAGCUGGCAACAACGGUGGCAAGUCCAAAUGCGAAGAAAAUCCAGUAAAUCGCGCGGCGAGUAAAGUGAACAAAUUCGGUGCAGACCAUUGCCGUUUCGGGGCGAAUAAUGUCUGCGUCUGUGAUAUGCGUCGAUUUGAGCUCGGAGUCUGAUGAGGAGUCGCCGGCCAAACGACGACGACUCGAGGAUCCUCUGCGAGUACUACCGCCAUCCGGUAGGCAAAGUUUGCCUGCCAAACUUCUGAACAUACCAAAGGCCUCCCUGGGAUCUGCGAUGAUAGUGCCUGUUGCAGAAACAGGACCUGCAAGGGAGACUCCGGUCAUAGUGGAUCCUCUCCGGUCCAUGCACAUCCCCAGUGGAAUCACCGUCACCAAGCACCAGAAGAACGUCCUCGCCACAAACGGAAACCUGACCAUUUCUCUGGCAGAGAGCAACAACAACAAUAAUAAUAACAACAACAACAACAACACUACCAGCUUCAACAACAAUGUGACCCCGAAACAGAUCAAUGUUGGCACCGGCCAGAAAGUGGCCUGGUCGGUGAGCAGCAAGGCGCCCAGUCCAAAUGCCGUGAUAACCACCGUGCCCAGCCACCAGGUGAGGGUGACGCCGUUUAACCCGAUUCGACUCGCACCCGGGUCAAAAAUAAUACCGGCGUCGAAAGCGAUGCCUGCUAAGAUCCAACCCAUUCUUGGGAUGGGUCAGCCUCCGCAACAGGCACAAGCCCAGCAACCGAAGGCCAUAAUACUGGGUUUUACGAAGCCCAAUACUGCAGUGGGUCAAACGGCGCAACACCAAAAACCUCUAUCGCUCCAAGUACACCAGAAAUUAGUUGCAGGACAGCAUAAAGUUAUGGCUUCUGUUAGCCAAAUAAAUCAGCUACCGUUGCAGCAGCAACAGCCACUUAGACCGGUGAGCAUUCAAUUGCAGCAGCAACUGGGUGGCCCAUUGCCUACGGAGCCAGACGAGAUACUGCGUGGCCCAUUGCCUACGGAGCUAGACGUGCCACUGGUGGGCCCAUUGCCUACACGGCCAAAACCACCGGUGAGAUCAAUACAACAGCCAGUUAAAAAGAAUACGGCGAUUGGAGUACAGAUUCCGCAAUCACAGGAGCCACUGGGUGGCACAUUGCCUACGCGGCCGAAACCACUAGGGGGCCAAUUGCUAAUGCAGCAAAAACCAACGGUGGGAUCGCUACAACAGCCUGUUAAACAGAAUACUGGGAUUGGAGUACAGAUUCAGCAAUCACAGCAGCCACUGGGUGGCCCAUUGCUUACGCGGCCGAAAGCACUAGGAGGCCAAUUGCUAACGCAGCAAAAACCACCGGUGGGAUCGCUACAACAGCCUGUUAAACAGAAUACGGGGAUUGGAGUACAGAUUCAGCAAAUACCAAAGGUUUUCGUGGGACAACAGCCGCAGAAGGAGUACCUGAGUAAACUACAACAGGAGCAACAGAAGAUUCUUCUGGGGCACCUGCAACAGCCGCAACAGAAGACGUUCCUGGGGCAACUGCAACAGGAGCAGCAGAAGAUGCUGGGGCAACUACAGCAGCAGCAACAGAAAAAGAUCCUGGGGCAAUCUCAACAGCAAAAGGAGCCGUUGGGGCAUCUUCAACCUCAGCAGAAACCAACACAGCAACUGAACAAUUCACUGGUGCACUUACAACAGCAACAACAACAUAAGACUUCAGUGGGGCAACUCCAACAACAGCAGCAAAAUCAACCACAGCAGAAAAAUUCAAUGGUGCACGUAAAACACCAACAGCAACAACAGCAAAAGAAGACUUCAUUGGGGCAGCAGCAACCACAACAGCAACAGAAGGCUUCAGUGGGGCAGCUGCAAAAGCAACCACAACAGCAACAGAAAACUUCAGCGGGGCAACUCCAACAGCAACAGAAGAUUUCAGCGGGGCAACUCCAACAGCAACCACAACAGCAACCACAACAGCAACAGAAGUCUUCAGCGGGGCCACUCCAACAGCAACAGAAGAUUUCAGCGGGGCAACUGCAACAGCAACCACAACAGCAGCUAAGUACUUCCGCGGGGCAGCUCCAACAGCAGCAAAAACUACAAAAAGCGUCCUUAGGGCAGCCGUCAGCAGCUCAAAAGCAAGGAGCGGCCCAAGGGCAACAGCAAAAGUUACCAGUUGGACAAUCCCAGCCCCAGAAGAGAACAAGUGCUGCACUUCUUCAACAGCAACAGGUGCCACAGAAAAAAAUCGUGAUGCAACCGCUUCCGAAAACAUCGGUGGUCCUGCCGCGCCCACAACAACUCCCGAAUCCUUUGCUCGUGGCCCAACAGCAAUCACCAAAGACACAGAUGGCUAUACAACUGCUAAACUCUGUGAUGGGCCCACAGUUUCCACCGCAGCAACCUUUGCUUCCCGUUGUCAAUCAAAUUACGCACAAAUCGAUGACUAUUCAGAGACUUCCCAUGUUGCAGACACCGCCGACCGUACAAAAAAUUCUACCAAAGCAGAUAACUCCGCAGCAGACGCCACCACCCGCUCAUAUAUUACAAAAGCAAACAAUGCCAAACGCGGCCAUGCAAAAUCCUCCGUUCGCACACCGUCCACCGAUAGUGCGACCCAUGACGGUAGCCAAGAUCACGCCGGUGCCUACAAACAACAAUGUCUGCAUCGCGAUGAAGCCGCAGAUGGCUAGAGCUGUCAGUCCCCCCAGAGACGCAACAAUGACUGCAGCCCGGACUUUGCCCUUUAAAAGAUCACAGCGCAAGGCAUCUGCAGCACCAAUGACUUCGACGCAUGUCCAGGGAUUCACAGCGAGUGCCACACCUCCACAGCGCCUUCUGGCCACUCCACCGCAUUGUGCCGCGGCCUUGAAUGAGCCACUAUUGCUUAACUUGCCGCCCACCACUAGCAUUACGCCGCAACUGACGCCAACGACAACUCCACCGCCCGCUGGACCAUCGGCAGCAGUUCAGCAACAGCAGCUGGCCAAGGCGGCAGCCAUUAAAUUGAAUUCCUUGCCCGAAGCGAGCAUUUCUCCAGUGAACAGGGCUCAAACUGCAAGCGCCAAGCGCAUACAGCCGAUUACCGUGCUCAAGAAAUCCGACGAGGAAUGGCGAAAGCAUCUCGAGCAGCAGCAGCAAAAGAAGCACGUACAAUUGCAGUCUUCCUCGAUGACCACAAUUGUCCUAGUCGAAUCACCGCCCACUACGCCGCCCACGGAUAAGCCAGAGCCGGAGCCGGAGCGCGGGCCAAUGACCGUGGAAAAAUCGUCGAACCAACCGAUGCCAACAGAUAAACAAUCUAGUGCAAUUAAAAGGCCUGCAGUGAUGAUUUCCAGGAAAAAAUCCGGUUCAGUUGUCACAGAAAUAGUGGAUUUAGAUAAUAUCCCGGAUAUCCCGCCACAAAAGCGCAGGAAAGAAUGUUUUCCUCCAAUUAAGAAUGCAAUCAAGGCAGCACCUUCAGUGAAUGCCCCAUUUACAACUGAGUACGCGGCACUUCUUCGGCUGUGCCGCGAGGUGGACAAAUCGGCUGAUAUGGAUCGCCUUGUAAAGGGAGAAUUGACCCAGUAUUACUACAGUGCGCCCGAAAGCUUCGUGAUGUCAUGUGGCUUUCGCAACCUGGUCACAACGGCCAUGGCGAUGAUCCAAAACGAAUCGUACCUGGUUUACGUACACCUAAAGUACGUGUUAGAUGAGCUAGCAUCGCGGAGGCUGACCAAAAUAUUUCCCACAGUACGAGCAAUUCCGCCAGCUAGCCAUUUCCCACUUCCAGCAACAUCGUUCACACCCAAGCAGCCAGCGAUUUUGAAUGCGCCGGAGCAGCAGACUGUGAUGGCGGGAAGAGAGCAGGAUGAUGAAAAUGAAGAGGUGACAUUGGUGAAUGUCCAGACCAUUUCUUCCGAAGAUAGGCGUAGGAAUGAGCGCAUACGCCACUUUUAUCGCACGCUGCAUGCUAUUACCAAGCGAAUAAAGAUGUUGGAGGAAGCUGAAGUGGACUUGAACGACGAGGACUCCAGCUAUCUUCAGUUGGAGCGCUUCAAAAAGCGUGCCUGCCAGAUCUAUGAAAAAAUCUGUGAUCUAAAGGGCGAGAGCAAGAGUGUCCGUCGUCAGCUAAAGAAGCCCAUCCAUUUCAAGGAUUCGGACUAUCCACACUUCAAUAACUCGCUAUCGGCUUUUGUGAACAGGAUGCAAGAUUUUCCCGAUUACCACGAUGUGCUUCAAAUUCUGGAACAGUGCAACAAGGAAAAGGAACUUGGACUAGCCAAGUACGAGAUGAAGAGAAUCGCCUACGAUGCCUUUAACAAAGUCGGCCGAAUGUUGCAAUCGCGCCGAAAGAAUGAUCUUUACGAAACCGUCACACAUUACACGGCAAAUGGCAAAGAUCCAGCGUCCAGUGAUCCCGAGCUGUUAGCCAAGCUCAAGGAAAACAACAAAAAGCAAACCAAAAUAAGUGAUAUCUUAGAAAAGUAUGCCCUCGAGCAAGAUCUCAAUGCGGAGGAGCGUCAGGAGGCGCGGCUAAAGGAGAAAAAGUUGAAGCAGGUUAAAGCGGACGAGGAGGCCGCCAAGCUGGCUGCAUUGGCGGAGGACGACGACAAGCCCUGCACAAGUGCUCAGGCAGCAGCUAAGGCGGCCGCUCUCGCCGCUUUAAAAAGGGGUCCAGCCGCUCGUGGAAAUGUGAUUCGAAAAAAGCGCCCCGCUAAUGGACGGAUCUUAAAAAUCUACGACGACGAAGAUGACUCGGAGGAGGAAUCGGCCUCGGAGGACGACGAUGUGGAGGAAUUUGUCAAUAACUUUCAAGCCAACAGUGAUGUGAGUGAUGCCGACUCCGAAGUGGAAGCAGUAACAUCACCAAAGAGAGAUGCCUUGCCGAUCGCCGAGGAGGACGAUGUGAUAGAUAUAACGAGAGACGAGACUGGCAAAAAGAAUGACGAAGCCACGCCCAACGGCAGGCUUAAGAUUAUGUCCGUCUCUAGUCUGAACGCCAAUUUUGUCCAUGGGCAGGAUCUGUAUAGAAAGCCCAAUCCCAUGCCGUCUGCUAAGCCAGUCAUUGCUGACCAGAUAAUCAUUUCCGAUGAGGAGUCAUAGAAAGAGUUGUACCCGCAGACCUAGUUAAGUUAUUUAUUCAAUAUGUUCAGUUUCUUCCUGAAUACGUUCACUACUUGUACAUUUUUCAACUCCCCUUGCUAACAAAAAUGUUAUGAGGUCGACUAUUUAUUUUUGAACAUUAAUCAUUAAAUUUGAUAACUUGAUUGGGUUUACCCAGAAAUGUUUAAAUAAUUCAAGCGUUAGAGUUUACGACAAUUUUUUAUAGACACGUGAAAAACUUUUUUCAUUUAAAACUGUCGUAUAUCCCAACGUUAAGUUCAAAAAUAACUUCCUCCCUUACAUUAUUGUGGUUGUUAAUUAUGGUUGCAAAUUCCACCACGCCUAUUUAUUGUAAAGCUCCCUACCUUUGGGUACAAUCCAGAAAACUACGGUAGUGUAUAUACGGAAUACUACUAGUCUAAGUUAGUCGUAGAAAAUAAACAGAACGGUGAGAAACGAUGACGCAAAGCGAA